UGCUGCUGCUGCUCCGCGCGCCCCGCUGCAAAGGGCGGGGGACCGGUCCCAUGGAGUCUGCAGCCCCCAAGCCGCCGCCGCCGGCCGGGAAGAGCAGGAACCUGCCAUGGGUGGAAAAAUAUCGUCCUCAGACACUGAAUGACCUAAUUUCCCAUCAGGACAUUCUGAGCACCAUUCAGAAGUUCAUCAGCGAAGAUCGUCUGCCUCACCUUCUCCUCUACGGACCGCCUGGCACUGGCAAGACCUCCACAAUUCUGGCCUGUGCUAAACAGCUCUACAAAGACAAGGAAUUCAAUGCCAUGGUUUUAGAGCUGAAUGCUUCGGAUGACAGAGGAAUUGAUGUAGUCAGAGGACCCAUCCUGAGCUUUGCUAGCACAAGGACAAUCUUUAAGAAAGGUUUUAAGCUUGUGAUCCUGGAUGAAGCAGACGCCAUGACCCAGGAUGCCCAGAAUGCCCUAAGGCGAGUGAUUGAGAAAUUCACUGAGAACACCAGGUUUUGCCUGAUCUGUAACUACCUCUCCAAGAUCAUCCCUGCCUUGCAGUCCAGAUGCACAAGGUUCCGGUUUGGCCCCCUGACUCCAGAACUCAUGGUCCCCAGGCUGCAGCAUGUCAUCAAGGAAGAGAUGGCUGACGUAAGUGAAGAUGGGAUGAAAGCAUUGGUGACCCUCUCCAGCGGGGACAUGCGCAGAGCUCUGAAUAUUUUACAGAGCACCACCAUGGCCUUUGGGAAGGUGACGGAGGACACCGUGUACACCUGCACGGGGCACCCACUGAAGUCUGACAUUGCCAACAUUCUCGACUGGAUGCUGAACCAGGACUUCACCACUGCCUAUAAAAAAAUCCUGGAGCUGAAGACGCUGAAGGGUUUGGCUCUGCAUGACAUCCUGACAGAGAUCCACUUGUUUGUGCACCGAGUUGACUUCCCACCUUCCGUCCGAAUCCAACUCCUGAUCAAAAUGGCAGACAUCGAGCACAGACUGGCUGCGGGGACAAGCGAGAAGAUUCAGCUAAGCUCCCUUAUUGCUGCGUUUCAAGUCACCAGGGACUUGAUUGUAGCAGAGGCUUAGGGCCAGUGGCUUCCUGCAAGCACAGUUUACACCCUCACCCCUCCCGCUAAGAAGUAAAAAAGAAGAAUGUCCUUGUCUGAACACGAGUCCAGUGGCUUCUGCAGUUCCUUACCCCCUGUAUUAGAAGCCCCAUAUACUGGUGACAAUGUAGGGGACAAAUUUGACCUUCAGAUACGUGCACCUCAUUGCUCUUGACUUAAGGGGAAUUCAGCACAAGCAUUUGAGGGAAGAAUUUAGCCCUUUGCAGCUAAGUGUGAGGUAAUAGACACAGUGCUAAGAAGUUGUCCGUGUAUAAGCUGCAGCAUGAAAUACACCUUUGAAGGGAAGUAAGGUAGGUUCAUCUCUUCCCUUACACCCGAGGAAGGGGUUGACGUUGUGGUGCACACUGUAGCUAAAGCUGGCUGUUGGUGGGUUUUAAGGCUGCAAGCUCCUUUCAUGUACUGGGAGACUUUGGUCCAAAUUCACCAUCAGUGUAACUAUCUAACUUUCCCUGACGAGUGGAACUGCACGCCUACAGCAGCAGCAGAUUUGACCCAUUUAGCCUGCAGGGACUUUAGGGGCAGAAUUGUGUAUAGCAGAAGGGUGCUAGAGCUUUCCCCUUGUAUGAGACUUUAAAUGUUUCCCAUGACACAAUUUCACAGGAAGCCUUAACUGAUCUCAGAAGGAUCUUCUCAAACAGACAUGGUGUACCAUUACCUAGCGCAGAAUCCAGGGGUCUCUUGAUUUAAUCAAUGCCCUAAAUUCUGUAAACUGGCUUUACAGUAGAUGCUUCUGGCCUGCUAUCCUAAUUGCAGGAGGUUAGUGUAGUUACAGCCUAGGAAUGACAACACACUACUAGUCAGUUGUAUGAAAGGAAAAAAAAUUUAUUUUGCCUCUUGAAGUUAAUAAACAUCUCAGGCUCCUGUGUACAUGAUGGCAAUACUACAGAUCAUGUUCAAGUAAAAAUUAAAACCAUCUUCACCAGUCAGGAUGCUUGACAGGGCCUAUCUGUGUCCCAGUGUGCUCUUUACAUACAAUGGAGAAGAAAUACCCAAGUGAAGAGCUGUGAGCGAUAGGGUCCGGUCAUUCUACGAGCUUGGAGAGCGAUGCUCCAUGGACCAGUUGUGCUACUGAGGUGGUCAGCUGCAGUACUGAGGUAUAACAAGUGGCUGGGGUGUUGAGACUGCUCUUCAAUGUAGAUGAGGGGGAUUUCACCACCCCUUUCUGCUACAGGUUCAGUGCACAUAUGGGGCUCAGAGUUGCUGGCCAAGAUAGAUCUUUAAGAAAACCGCUAGUUUAAAGGGACAAUACCCCCUCCCCCCACUAACCUUGCUCCCAGCAUUAGAGAAAGGGCACCAUAGUCUUGCUGCUGUGAUCCUUUAGGGAGCUCUCGUUCAGAACUUUAACACAUUGGUUUUAGGUUCGCUGGAUCAGACCUAGCUUCACCCAAUCUGGGGCCAGGAGUAACCCAAGCUGAGUGGUGCCACUUUUCCCUUUGUUUUACUAUUACAGCAGCAGGGUGUGGACAGCUAUCUUCUUGCUAUCACUUGUGCUCAUUAAGAGGAAGUCCAAUGGCACUUAAGGUUUGGGGGUAUUUUUGGAAGAUUUAGGGAUAUUAAAAGCUUAGUCUCUUGGGGCUAGAUUCCAAUUUAUAGGUGAUGUAAUUUUUCUAAAAAGGAGAAAAAGUCUCCCCCUAGUUUCAAGGGGAAGUGAU